AUGCAAUCGGACGAUCCUCCUUUCCUACCAGUGGGAACGGAGGUUAGUGCAAAGUUCAAAGGAGCUUUUUGUGAAGCCAAAAUAAAAAGAAUAUCACGAUCUUUGAAAUGCAAGGUCUUAGUGAAAGAUCCUCCUUUGGGAGUAAUGCUUGUCGACGAAGAUAGUUUCAAAAAUAGUUCGGUUCUUGAGCUUGGUGGCGUUGUUGAAUUCACGAACGAAAAGGGAACUUUUAAAGGUACCCUCCAUUAUGUUAAGGAUUACAGCACUUAUCAUGUCGUCUUCAAUGAUGGUGAUGAGAAAACUUUGAAAAGAUCUCAGAUUUGUCGGAAAAGUCCUAAACAUUUUGCUGUUAAUUUGGAUGCACUCCCUCUGUAUAAUCCUGAACAGUUCAGUUCCCCCGUCUUGAAAGGUAGAGACGCUAAAGAUAAAAAAAGAAAAGUUGCUGCAAACGCAUAUCAAGGUAAACGUCGAAAGCAAGAUGGAGAAGAAGAAGAUGGAGAAGAAGACGGUGAAGAAGAUGAUGACGACUCCGUUGAAGGCUCGACUAAAUCUAUAAGAGAAACUAACAGGCUCAUUUCCAAGUCACUCAUAUUUUCAACCGUUCGGCAGACAAGAUCUACUGUAACACCAACUGCUUCCACUCCAGAAGAUAGAAAAAGAGGCCGGAAGAAAAUGGAUACUUCGUCGAGCUCAACUUCUGACAGUCCUGUUGAAAAAGUUCGAAAGCCAUUGCCUCAAUCCUCUUCGAGUGAAUUUGCGGUUGGGGAUGUCUAUUGUAUUUUCGACAAUGAUAAACUGGAAGGAAAAUGGUUCCCUGGCGUAAUAGUAGAUAGUGCCGUGUAUCAAAGAGCAACUAAAGGUGCUAAAGUUCCCGGUGUUAACGAAGUUGCUCUGAGAAGUCUUCAGAAUAGCCGAUAUUAUUCUGCCAAUCAGACCUUCAUCAGUCGAUUCGAAUUGAAAGACAGAAGCAAAAUCCCUGCUUACAUUAAAAUGGGCGUUGAAAAAGCUUUUGCUUAUAUAGAGAAGAAUAUUUUGCCGCCAGGGUGGGAGAAGUCGGAUAUUUUCGGCAUUUCUGCUUCAAGAAGACCGAAGUUCGAUGAAUCAAUAAAAAUGGAAAAAGAGUCGUCCUACUUUGAAGAUAUCAAAGACGUUAAGACCGAGGAAAAAAUUAAACAGGAAAAUUCAGAUGAAGAAGAAAGGAAAAACUUCUUUGUUGCUCAACUGUACAAAUUCCAAGAAGAGCGAGGAACCCCUAUGAAUGUAGCACCUGUCAUCGGCAACCAAGAUCUCGAUCUACACAUGUUUCAUGAGGUAGUUAACGAGCAUGGGGGUUUCAAGCGCAUAACAGCGAAUAAUCAUUGGGAUGAUGUUCUCGUAGAUAUGAAGUUAGAAAAUGUGCCUGAGGCAACCCCAGAGAGUGUUAAAGCUGCUUAUGAGAAAUUCCUUUUCCAUUUUGAUGCUUUUCAUAAAAGGCUAGGAUGGUCAAUCGGAAAUUUCUCUUCUACCUCAUCUUCAAGAUCAAGAGACCGUCGACCAACACUUCCCGCUGCCGAAGCAGCGACGCCAAAGACAUCUGAAAAAACUACAAAAAAAGAAACAACCAAAGGAAAAGUCACUAGGAAAUCAAAAGCGAAAUCUUCCAAGAAGAAGAAAAAAGUUAAACAUAUCAAAAAAGUAAAGAGGCCAAGAUGGAAACAGAGGAAAAUCAGGAAAAAUAUCGUGAAUAUCCGAUAUAGUAUUCCUGGAUACUUCCAUUGCAUUCCAUUCGUCAAAAUGUAUGUUGGUCAACCAGUGCUAGUUCAAUAUGAGGGAGAUUGGUACGAUGCCCAGACGAUCAAAAUGAGCCAGCCUGCCAUAGAGUUAUUAGUUAAGAGAUUCUCAGAAUUGCAACAUCAAAAAAACGGGAUGAAAAAGAUUAUUAAACUAUUAGAAACCUCAAGGAGAACAAAUCAAAUUUUUGUACAUUAUAGCGAUUGGGAUAGUUCCUUUGAUGAAUGGAUUUAUUUGGACGAUAUUCAAAUAAAGGCGGCGGACUUAUAUGCGGGAUGCCAUAUAAUGAAAAAAAUCUGUGAAGAUUUGAAAGUUGACCUGAUAGUGUGGGAAAAAAUCUUGAAAUUCUAUGGUGUGUACAACUUGUUCCACUAUCUGCAGAGCAAAGAGUCUAAUCCAAAGUUUGUACUUGAUGAAGAUGAGCCUAUACGACUCAAAUGGGUUCCCGACAAUAUCGACAAAUACACACGAAAGUUCGCUCAUCUCGGUGGACACACGAAAUACCCUUACAGAAGGAGAAGAACUUUCCGAUUGACAAGAUGGAGGAGGAAGUUUGUUUCUAGCCAGUUGGAUAAGUGGAAGACCUACAAAUUCAUGAAAUUCAAAAACAACUCAUGUCGUGUCAAAAAACCACCAAGAGGAAGAAACAAACGAAAUAAGAACUCACGUGCAGCUAUAACUGCAGCACUGGGCGAGGGCAAACCAGUUCCAUGUAAUAACGGAAGCGAUAUGCCUCCCAGAGUGAUAUCAAAAGAGAGAGAGUUGGAGCUUAAAGGUCGGAUCAUGGCUAAAGCUAUUUCCAUUCUGGAACCUGUUUACGAUUUAAAAUUCGUACGUUUGGAAAACGGAACAAUUAUUCACAUACCACUUCCGACGAAACAGCCAUUUAGCGGACGUUGUCCUGUUAAGCAGUUCCGAGAACGAAUGAGAAUACCAUCUGAUGAUGUAUACUAUUUUCUACAAGAAACUCCACGAGUAACUGCUAUAAUCAACAAGGCUAUAGCAGUUAAUUGGGAUUGCGAUUUCAAAGAACUUGCCGCUAUCGUAGCAUCUGUUCCUUAUGUGGAAGUUAGGCGGAGAGGUAUCAAGCCAUUGGUGAAGAAGGGAUCUACUGCAACCACUUCGAAUCAGUUUGCCCAACCAUCAACCUCGGUAGCUGCAAAAGCUCCGGUAGCUUCUGUAGCUUCUGUAGCUUCUGUAACUCCUGUAACUCCUGUAACUCCUGUAACUCCUGUAACUCCGGUAGCUUCGGUGUCUGUUUCGGAUCCAACCAAAGCAGUUCAAACUAAGACAGUUAAGGCAGGUCAACCUCCCUCUAAGACAUCAACAAGCACACGAUCUUCUGAUGCAGUUACUGUGAAAAAUGUCUUUCUGAAAAGAACUCUUUCGGAAUUAUACUUUUCACGGAAGGCUAUGUCUACGCCCAAAAGUUCGUCUGAUGGAACUGUUGAAGAAGAAAUUUUUGUAAAUCCUGUACUAGCAUAUUUACGAAAGCUGAGGUUUUUGAGAGCUUGCCGCACAAGCUCUUGCAAUAUUAAGAAGCGAGUGCGUACAAAGAAUCUCAGGGGUGAAAGGAUAAAGUUGGAACUGCUGCUGAAAUCUAGUAAGUGCAGACGAGAACGACUUGAUGUCUGUAUGCUGAAACAUAUUGGCUUGAAGAGAUUCAAAGUUAUGCGAAAGGCCAAAAAAUUAAAUCCACCAAAGCUAGUUGUUACAUCAGUUCCUGUUUCAAUACCUUUAUACCAUGAUUUGAUCAAGCCGAUCCCAUCUAUAUAUAUUUCUCCUGCAUCAGUCUACUUUUCUAAGGACAAUGGGUCCUCAAGCACUUUCCCUACUUCUCUUUCUACAUCAAGCUCUUUGAUUGUGAAUAGUCAGUUUGGAACUUCUUCUACCGGUUUCCAACCUGUUGUCAGUGCUAGUACUUCUUUGGCUUUCAAUCAAGUGCCCAGUACUGCAAUAGACUUCUCUCAACUUAAUCCCAGUGCAGCAUUCAAUGCCGCACUAAGUUUCACUCAAGUUGUCAACCCCGUUGGUUUCAAUGCAGCUGUUAAUGCGGGACUAGGUUUUCAUCCAGUUCCUAAUGCUGGGCAUGCGUUCAACCAAGUUGUUCCUCCAAAUUACAACUUGCAAACUCAAGCUCAGCAUCAACCGCACUCUCAAGCGCAGCCUAUGCUGUUAUCUCAACCUCAAGCAAAACCGCAGUCUAAACCCAAGGCUCAGCCAGUGACUCAAACGCAACAUCAGUCGAAAGCACAAACGAAACCACAAGUUCAGCCUCAGUUACAACAUCAGGGUCGAGCUCAACCACAGCCACAGCUUCAAUCACAGAUUCAGGGGAAAAUACAGCCUCCAAUACAGCCUCAACUGAAGCUACAACAACAAUGUGAAGUUAAGGUUCAACAACCUCAGCCCAGAGCUCAAACUCUGCCUAAGUCACAAGCUCAAGUGCAAGCGCAUUUCCAACAUCAGCCGCAACCCCAGAUCCAACCUCAGCUACAACCACAGUUGCAACGUUUAACGCAACCGCAGCUGCAACAUCAGAUCCAGACUUCGUUCCAGAGUCAACUCCAAUCGCAAGCCCAAACUCAGGCACAUUUGCAAGCCCAACUGCAAACUCAAGCUCACGCUCAGCUACAGCAACAGAUUUUGCCACAGUCCCCUUCCCCAUCCCACUCACAACCUCAGCCUCAGUUCGAUGUUCAAUCCAUAUCUCCAUCUCCUGGUCAACAAGAAGAAUCUUCGUCAGUGGUAACUGUGAAUGGCAGACCUCUCAUAACCACGAAAGCAGCAGUAAAGGUAGUGUCAACACCUGCCAUAUUGGCAAGAUCUCGCCUAAAAGCACUUGCAACUACUUCAACUCAGGCGUCUUCAUCACAGCCUAUUACAACUCCCAAUGUUUCUUCGAGCCCAGCCUACAUAACUGCUGCAGCCUUGGCAAAGAACUCGCCAACUCAAGCGGAUGUCCCUUCUUCUAUUUCUAGCUUCACGGCUGUUACUCCUAUCAUUGCUAGUGUUGCUGAUCCAGCUCCAAGAGUUACAGUUCCUGUUCCAUCAACUCCUCCUACUGUCUCUACGAAGAUAACACCAGCUAGUGUAACGAAGCCGCCUGCUUCUGUUGACAAAACUAAGAAACCUCCUGAGACGGAAGCCGUUUCCACACCAAAGGCUCAAGAACCCAGAACCACUCGUACUCCGUUAUCUGCACCACCAGCCAAAGUUGAAGUUGAGACACCAAGGAAAGCCUCUCCUUCUUCUUUGAAAAGGAAAGCAUCCUCACAAGAGCUCACGGCACCAGCAGCGAAGCAGUCAAAGAGUAAAGAAAAAGCUCCUGCUGUCCCAGAUUUCGAUGAAACGAAGACUUGCUUAUUUUCUGUCAGUGCUUCUAAGCAGAAGAGUGUGGUUUUGGAGAAAAUGAAGAAAGAAGAAAGCACUGCCGAUUACGCACUUCUGGGAAUAUGUGUUGACCUUCAAGAACUUUCUGAUGUUCCUGAUUUCUCGGAUGAGAAGAUUGACGAACUUUUCGCUCGUCUUGAAGCUUUGAAAGAUUUGUACGAUUGUGAGAAAAAGAACUUACUUGUGUCCGAGAAAGAAUACAAGGAAAGAGUGGAAAUUCUCCUACGUGAGUCCUUGGCGCUUCCCAUGUAA